AACUUUAUUGUAUUCUUGUAAUAACACAUAUUUAAAAAAAAAAAAAAAAACUUCUACAGAAUUACCGGUACCGAUAAUUCUUUUCUGGUUUUAGCAUAGUGAUAUAAUUCAACUAGCCAUCAUGAGUUUUAUCGAUUAUCAAACCCUUCUAUCAGGUGCAUUCAUGACAACUGUCACUCAUCCAAUGUCAUAUUGUAAAUUACUCAUUCAGAUUGGUCAUGAACCUCUUGCUCCUGUGAUAAGAAGAAAUGUUUUUUUUAGAAAACAAUUGCAAUACCCAAACAUUUUGCAGUACUUGAAGCAUAUCAAAACUACAGAUGGCUUAUUUGGACUGUACAGAGGAUUGCAACCAAGAUUGAUGGCAAACUUGUCAAUGUCUAUAUCUCAUAUGGCAAUGGUCAAGCAACUGGACCAGUGCUGUGAAUCAGAACCAUUUACCAAUGAAGGAGUAAAUAAAAUUGUGAAAAAGGUCUCCAUAGACACAUGCAAGGAAAUGACUGCUAAAUGUUGUGCUAUUAUUGUUUCACACCCAUUCCAUGUGAUUGCUUUAAGAAGCAUGGCACAAUUUGUCGGGCAUGAAACUUACUAUUCUAGUUUUUUCUCUUCAAUAAAAGAAAUUUACAAUGAAGAUGGGAUAAUGGGCUUUUUUGUAGGGUUGCUACCAAGAUUAGUACUGGAGAUAACACAGAUAUGGAUUUGUAACAUAUUAUCUCAUAUUCUUAACACUUAUGUCCUAAAUGACCAGAGCGAUCUGGGUGAGCUUCGACAAUACAGCCAAGCUGUGACAAGUUACGUUGCAAGUGUAGUCACUUAUCCUCUCACAUUGACAUCAACAAUGGUUGUUGUAAGUGGAAGUAGGUUAGCAGCUGGCAAUCCGCCGCAUAUGGAUGUCUAUGAUGGAUGGCUGAGCUGUAUCAAAGAUUUGAGACAAAGGGGGUUGUCGAGUAGAGGAUCCAGCUUGUUCUUCCGCCCAGUUAUAAGGCCACUUGAUCAACAUAAUUCUUAUAUGAUGGCUCCAUCUCCGCCAAUUCCACGUUAGACGUUUUUACUCCAAAACUAUAUCGACUAACAUUUUUGUUGAAUCCUGAAUGCAGACUUAAUUGACGACUUAACCCAUUAAUUUGCUUUAGCUUCAGAGCAAACUGGAAACAUUGGUUGGAUCUAAAUCUCAAGGAAAUUCUUCUCUCAGUGUAAUGACAGAUUGGCUUUUUAGAAAAUAAUUAUAAUUAAUAAGCAGCUACUAACAUGUGAUAUGGGGUGGGGGUAAAUUCUCUAUCAGUUGCUGUCGGAAAGGAUAUGAAAAUAAGCUUCUAGUUAGUAUCUCUGUGUUUACAAGGAAUAAUCUCAAGUAAAAAUUUGCAUUUUAUUGCGCAAUACACUUUAAUAAGGAAUCAAA